GUGAAUCUGUUUCUCACUCAGUCUGUUUGUUUUUUAAAUUUUUAUUCCUUUUUUUUUUCUUUUUAACGAAACGCUUGUUUAACAAUGGCGGGGGCUAUAAUCGAGAACAUGAGCACCAAAAAGUUGGUGAUAGUGGGAGUUACUCUGCUUUUGUUCCAGGCGCUCUCCUUCAUGGUCGGAGGAUUAAUUGCUCCGGGCCCCACCACCGCCAUCAACUACCUGGCAACGAAGUGCGUGGAUACAACCAAGAACAAGCAAGAAUCCAAGUGGUUCAUGCCUUGGGGUCCCAACCACUGUCAAAAGAUCUCCACGUUUGAAGAGGCCGUGGCCAAACGGAUCGAAGCGAACAACAUCGUGUUCGCCGUGCACAUUCCCAUGCAGGGCAAAGAGAUGAGCCCCUGGUUCCAGUUCAUGUUGGUCAUCCUACAGUUUGACAUCUUAUUUAAGAUGCACAACCAGAUUGAGGACGGAGCAGUAGUCACCAUCGAUGUCAGCCUGGCCUACAGAGAUGAUUUAUACAGCGAGUGGACGGAGAUGGCUCGUUCGUUUGAACGGAGGAACCUAAACUGCAAGUUCUCAUUUGAGAAGAACUUGGGGAGCCAGGACCGUCAGUAUGAAUGUGACCCCCUGCCUUUCAUGGAGGUGGGGAGUGUUGCUCAUAAAUACUAUCUCGUCAACAUCCGCCUGCCGGUCAACGAGCGCAAGAAGGUUAAUAUUGGGAUUGGAGAGAUCAAAGACAUUCAUCUUGUGAGCAUCCAUCAGAACGGAGGUUUCACGAAGGUUUGGUUUGCCAUGAAGACUUUCCUCACUCCCAGCAUCCUCAUCAUAAUGAUCUGGUACUGGAGACGGAUCACCCUCAUGACCCGACCGCCUGUCCUUCUGGAAAAGUAAGGCUUCUCUUGGCGAAGAACGAGUUGGACUC